AUGGAAUUCUCUAACCAAUUCAAAGAUUCAUUUCACCAAGGUCUUAUUGCUGGCUAUUUUUUCACUCUAACUUUUUCCAUUGUUUUUUAUAUGUCCUAUUGUCUACCCAAACAACUUAUGAAGAAGACAAAAAGUAAGAACCUUCAACAUAAGAAAACAAGAGAGAUGCGUAAAUUACCUCAUCAGAACUCAAAACAGAAACUAAAGAAAGUUGGACAAAGAAACAAAAUGUUCCCUUUGGGGUUGCUAGAGAAAAGAAUACAGAUCAAUAAAGUUGGACGAUUGAGUUAUAGAAUAAAUUUCACAAAACUCUCACAUGCAACAAAACACUUUAGCAAGGACAAUGUCAUUGGAGUAGGGGUGAUAGGAAUAAUGUACAAGGCAACAUUUUCCAACGGUUCUUUCUUGGCAGUUAAGAGACUACAUGAUUCACAUAUGCAUAUCAAGAGGUUCGAGUUAGAAAUAAUGCUAUUGGGACAAUACAGUCACAGAAAUUUAGUUCCCUUGAUUGGUUUCUGCAUAGAAGAAGAACAAAAUGAAAGAAUUUUGGUGUAUCCGUACAUGCCAAAUGGAAAACUUUCUGAUUGGUUGAAUGAUGAUACUACAAAACUAGGAUGGUCAAGAGUUAUCAAAAUUGCACUUGGUGUAGCAAGAGGUUUAUGCUGCUUCCAUCAUAGCUUGCAUAUGGUUCAUCUUAGAAUAAGUUCCGAGUGUAUCUUGUUAGGGAACAAUUUUGAGCCUAAAAUAUCCAAUGUUGGAGAGGCUAUUAUGAAUAAUGAUGUGAACAAAAACAUAGGAUUUGAGAAGAAGGAUGUUUAUGACUUUGGUUGUUUGCUUUUUGAGUUGCUUAAGGGGAAGAAAUUUGGCCAAAUUAGUGAUUAUUUAAGUAAUACUAGUGUUCCUUUUCCGACAUACACGUAUCCGAAUCCUAUGAACCUAUUGGAGGACCAUUCUGGGUUCUAUGAUGUAAUGGAUGAAUCUUUAAACAUGAUAGAAUUUGAAGAUGAGGUGUCUGCUCUUCUUAGAAUUGCAUGUGAUUGUGUUCAUCCUCUCCUUGAACAAAGACCUACUAUGCUUGAGGUGUAUGGCAAGAUGGGUAACAUAUGGGAGAGAGAUGAGAUUUGUGAAGAUCUUGACAUUGUUACUUCUACUACAAGUAGAGACACCAAUAGUUUUGGUAGUGAGUGA